GCCUUUCCCACUCGUCGGUCAAACACAUCACUGACCCUGUCCAGGCUCGCCACCACACGUACCACAGCACCCGCAUCAGCAGCAGCAGACAGAAGAAGAAGACAGCCGACUGGGAAUGGAGAACUUUAGCAGCGACUCGACGAAUUCGUCGUUGGCCCGGAGGUCGGCGGCGUCGGACGAGGAUAUGUCGUACGCGACGGUGUCGUCGGCGCCGCCCAAGCGGCGAGCCGGGCGCACCAAGUUCCGGGAGACGCGGCACCCCGUGUACAAGGGCGUCCGGCGGCGCAACGGGGACAAGUGGGUGUGCGAGGUCCGGGAGCCCAACAAGAAGUCGAGGAUCUGGCUGGGCACCUUCCCCACCGCCGAGAUGGCCGCCCGCGCUCACGACGUGGCCGCCAUGGCCCUGCGCGGCCGCUCCGCCUGCCUCAACUUCGCCGACUCCCCGUUGCGGCUCCCCGUGCCGGAGUCGUCCAGUCCCGCCGACAUCCGCAGGGCGGCGGCCCUCGCGGCCGAGACCUUCCUGCCGCACCCUGACCCGGACGCUCCCGAGCCAAUGCAGGACCAGAAUACAACGUCGUCCGAGACCGCGGGGGCGUCGGCGGAAGCCUGUGAUCCAUUCUUAGUGGAAGACGGUCUCAACUUCGGAAUGCAAGGGUACCUGGACAUGGCGGAGGGGUUGUUGAUCGAUCCGCCACCGCCGCUGCCGACGAACGAUGACGACGACGAGAGCGACGGCAACGUGUCUUUGUGGAGCUAUUCCAUCUGAGACCGGAGGGAAGCAUCCUGUACAGCAUAGGCAAAAAUUGCUGCUUCGCCGGAAUUGGUGGCCAAUUCACUGCCUCGUUUACGUUAGGAAAACAACUACAUAAACAAAAUAGAAUCAACAUAUACCAAAGAAGUCUUUCGAAUAAAGGAGGGAGGGAGACAAGGCCAGAGUUGAGUAUA